UAAGAGGCAACAAUUGAGUGAUUUAGUCACUGUUUUGACCUGAAAGUGCGCGGAUCUCUUGGAAAAGUUUUUCCUAUUUUUUUCUUUGUCGCAAGAAGUUGAAGGAAUCCAUCUAGCCCGAGAGAUGCUGCAAGGUGAUGGAGUAAGGAACCUCGAGAGUACCAACUACAUUUCUCAACAGACUCGAGCAGAGCCCAUUUUGUAUCGAGAGGAUCAGGGAAUUAUUACCGCGCAACCAAAACCUCCUCAAAUAAACCCCCAUGGAUUAUCAAUUUCAACGGUUCAGGUGGGUGAAAGUACCAUCGGGAGUCCAGUAAUUCCAUUCAUCCAUCGACAUGGGAUUGAUACGCUCCGUGGGCAGCCUUCAGUACACAUCCAGCAAACAUUUGAACUCAUUGGCAAUCCUGUGUCCUCUGAGAAUCGCUACACUGUUCGUGCUGGAUCUGGAGAAGCCAUAUUCUAUGCCUCGGAGACUUCUUCGAAGAACAAUCGUCUCUUUUGGGGCUCAUCGCGACCAUUUUCGAUGCAUCUAACGGACAAAACAAAUCGGGAAUCCCUAACAUUGCACCGGAAGUGGGGCGUUAUACCAUUCUGUGGCACCUGCAUCAUUGGGAAUAGUGUGGAAGUUUGGACACCACCUGGAGAUCUUCUUGGCUACGUGGAGGAAGGAUAUUCCCUGACAACGUGCGACUUUGUCAUUCUCAACAGUCACAAAGAGAUUAUUUAUCACAUUGCUGGCCCGAGAUCCUUCACGGGUUACCUGCCCAAAGAGGUGGGCUUUAGAGUCCUCAGCCCAGACUACUUGACGCAAGUUGGGACAAUUUCAAGGACCUGGAAUGCCGAUGUCUCCAUGUACUCCCUCAAUAUCUAUUUUACAGAUCAGGAUUUGGAUGUUAAGAAUAAAUCCCUUUUCAUUGGAGCUGCAUUUCUUGCUGAAUACAUGUACUUCCAGACUAGAGGUUGCUGCUGCUGCUCCUAAAAAAUAAAAAUAACAAAACAAAGAAUGAAAAAAAUUGCAACUUUUUGUAAAAAAAACUAUGUAAAAAAAAGACCCAUUUUAUUAUCCGUUCAGACACAAAAAAUUUUGAUCAGAAAGAAAA